AUGGAUCCGAUUCUGGAAUGUCGAACACCUCCAGCAUCGCCAGAGUUAAGUCGUCUUGUAACAAAGCGGCGAUGUCCCUUUGGAGAGUCUCCUCAUCAGUCAAAAAUGCCUGCCACUGAAGCCACGAUGGCGGUGAAUGAACAUACACACACUGACAACGGUGGGGAUGUUGGUUACAGCGGUAGGUAUCAUAAAGUCGUGCCCGCAGCUGAUACCUCUUAACAACUGAAAAUGUAAGAUUUCCGCCCAACUCCAUUUCAUAAAGUUGCAUGCAGUGUGGUAUGUUUUUUUUAACUCAAACACUGAACACUGAGUCCAUUUUUUUCCAGAAUGCAGGCAUGUAUAGCUUACAUCAUGUCUAAGCUGACAAGUGCGGAAAUGUGACUCAUUCUCAUCAAGAUAUUGAUAAAACAUGGCGAUAUCUCUCUAUUACUAGUCUGUUAGCUUACUCUGGGGGUAUGGGUGAGGUGACCUCUUCCUACGUCCCCAAAAGCUUGCUUGCAGGCUACUUCAUGUACAUGUAACAGGAAGUAGAGAAGCAUUUCUUGAGGCUUGGGUAUUACUUUGGCUCAAACCUAUUUAAGACAAUCUAAGACAGUAUUUUAGGUUUCCAUACUCUCCCAAUCGCUAUUCACUGUUUGUGUUAGGCCUUCUAGAAUCAUGCCUGUCUGAGCCGUUGCUAGCAGGGGGGCAAGGGGGGCAGCUGCCCCCCCAAUGGACCUGUUGAGCCAGACACAUUAAGUCUGUGAAUGGAUUUGUUUUCUUUAGAGUCAGUUAUUUUGAUUAUAGUGACUUGCAAUAUGUUUGCCAUUUUCAUAUUCAAGGUCAAUUUUUCGGAGACAUAUUUCAUGACAAGUGCUGAAAAUAGUGUUUCAGAGCCUCCAAAUUUGAAAAUCUUCCGGGGGAGGAUACCCACAGACCCCCCUACAAAGCUAGUGCCUUUGGCACUUGCGAUAAUGCCUCACCCCCCACCCCCGUAACAAAAAAACUAGCUACGGCCCUGCCUGUUAAUCCCUCUAGACGCAGUGGGAGGUCUUCUGAUGAUGAAUCAUCAUUUGGAACAAGUUGGUUUUCGGGAAACCUUACAAAAUAAAUGUCUCUUUCCAUUCUGCACUGCAUAGAUAACGCAUUUGAAGUGUUAAUGAACAGUCAAAGAAAUCAGGGUGAUGAUGUCAGCCAGCCAUCCUUAAAACCAGCAACAGUAUCUUCUCUCUGUUGGGUCUGCCAUCAACAAGGUGAAGAAAUGCCAUGUGCAUUCUGUGAACACAAUGCCUGUGAGAUGUGUGUGCGCCAGUGUGACAGAUGUUUUGGAGUGUUUUGUACAUUCUGUUCAACCAUCAACUAUGACAAUCACGAGGACCGCCCAUUAUGCCUUACAUGUCACAGUGAGGACAUGAGAUUUCAACAAAACAGAGGCGCUAAUGCAGGGGCAAUGCAGCAGCCUGGAGCCUGGCAACAAGGACAUACUGUUGGCUUUAGGCCACUCACUGCAUAGCUACAUGUAGCCUGAUAAAAAUUAUGUCAUGGUCUUCUUCCAUUAACAGUGACUGUUCAUUACAUGAAAUGCUUUUAAGGCCUUGUAAGGAAGUCACUGUUGAACUGCUUAGAUUGCAUCAACUGUUUAAAAUGCACUUGUCAAUGUAUUUCCUCUGGAGGAGAGGAUAGGCAUUCCCAGGGGAUUUUCACAUCUUAAGUGAAAAUUGAUUAAAUUCCCAUCUCUAAGGAAACCUCUUCAGCCUGUGGAGAAUCCCUGGCAAUCAAAACAAUCACACAUUUGGAUGAACUGUUCAUGGCCGUCAAGGUCCACCUUUCCCUGUUAAGUCAUUAAUUAUAAGUGAUGAAAGGAUAAGUGAGGUGUGCAAAAUGGCUUGCCUCUAGCUCCUUUGUUAACUUGUCACCUUCUGCAUAAGUGGGUCCCGGUGCAGCUCUCCAAAAUUUUUUAAGAUGGUAGAUUGAAUGGCUAGAAGAGAAAUCAAAAUCCACUAGGAGACCUUCCCCCUUCUCCUAACCCAGGGCAAAGAUAAGUGCGUGAAUUCCCUAUGUGAUGCCCUUUAUGGGUGUGCUAUCAGUGACUUGUUCUUUUCCUGUUAAGCAUGACUCAUGACUACAGUGGAACCCCGUUAAUACGACCACCGUUGGGCCAUAAAAUCCUGGUCGUAAUAACGAGGUGGUCGCAUUAACGGGGUCUUCAAAAUAAUAAAAUGAGUGAAUGUUUUUUACUUUUGGCCAUAAUAACGAGGUGGUCUUAUAAGCGGGGUGGUCGUAAGGCGGGGUUCCACUGUAUGCAAAAAUAUUUAACCACGUUCGUUUGUUCUUGUUAUGUACUUAUGAGUAUGUAUACAUUUUGAUAUGAAAUGUUUUGAAGUAAAUGAUUGUUACUUUGUUUAUUUGUCAACGGUUCUGCUUGAACUUCAAAUUAUUUGAGUAAAUUUUUUGAAGGUCUCUUAUGAUGUGGCAGGCGUUGAAGUUCCUUCCCUAGAGUCUCAUAUGACAUAAAAGCAAUAACUGUAUUUACCGAUCCCCGAAGUACACUCUGUCUACCCCCUGCCUUCCCCCGCCCC